AUGGGGGUUCCUAAGGAAUUUUGUUUGACAAUAAUCUAUGGAAGAAAUACGAUUGAGGAAAGGAAGAGACUUUGGCAGGCUAUGUUUUCACUAUUAUUUCCUGUCCAACCUUGGUUAGUGGCUGGGGAUUUUAAUGCAAUGUUUGACUUUGAUGAUAGAGUAGGAGAUCGGCCUAUUACGGAUUUGGAAGUUGAAGAUGCCCGUAAUUGGAGGGCUAGUUGUUUGAUGUCUGAGCUUCAUAGGAUAGGUGCUCACUAUACUUGGUCUAACAAGCAGAUGGAAGGGUCCCAUAUAUUCUCUAAAUUGGAUAGGGCUCUUAGUAAUGAAGCUUGGGUUGAUGCUUUUCCCAACUUUGAGGCUCGUUUUAAUUGGGAUGUUCUAUCAGAUCAUUGUUAUUGUAUUAUCAAGAUUAAGCUGAACAGAUUGAAGAUGGUUUUGACUCAGUUUAAUAAAUUGCAAGUUGGUGAUGUCACUGUUCGUUACUCAGCAGCCAAGGAAAAGUUUCAGCAUGCUCAAUUUAAGCUUCAGCAGGAUCCUCUCUCACCUGGUUUUCAGCAAGCUGAGCAUGAAGCGAAUAUUGAAUUUGUUCGAAAAUCCAAAAUGUAUGAGAGUUUUCUCCAGCAAAGGAGUAAGAUCACUUGGCUGGGAUUUGGAGAUGAAAAUACUUCCUAUUUUAUUGCUAGUCUAAAACAGACGACAGCUUGUAAUAGGAUUACAGCCUUCUUUGAUGAGCAUGGUCAGAUUAUUGAUUGUUAUGAUGCUGUGGUUAAUCAUUUCAAGGGAUUUAUGGGUAGUCCUAGCCCAACUAUUACUAAGAUUCAACAAGAUUGUUUUCAGCAUGGUACUAUUCUGAAUUUAGAUCAGCAACUCAGUUUAGUUAAGCCAUUUAUGAAGAGGGAUGUGAAAUUUGCUAUGUUUAGUAUUCACUCUGUUAAUAGUCCUGGUCCUGAUGGGUUUGGUUCGGGUUUUUUUAAAUCCAUGUGGAAGGAUUUAGGGGAUGAGAUUUCCACUGCUAUCUUAAAAUUCUUUGAAUCUGGCCAAUUACCAACAACACUUAACAUAUCUAUUAUUUCCCUUAUUCCUAAGGUCGAAACUCCUUCCACAACAGCCGAUUACAGACCAAUUGCAUGUUGUAACACCUUAUACAAAUGUAUUUCAAAAAUGCUUUGUGUGAGGUUGGCCAAUGUUCUCCCAUUGCUUAUUCAUCAGAACAAGGGAGCAUUUAUUCAACAUAGAUCUUUAACGCAUAACAUUUUCAUACUUCAAGAUCUCCUCAAGGGCUCCUCCAGGAAUAAUAUUUCAACUAGAUGCUUGAUAAAGAUGGAUCUAAGCAAGGCAUAUGAUUCCAUUGAUUGGUACUUCUUGGAGGAUCUGUUAAAUGCGUAUUGUUUUCCUAGUCGCUUUAUUCAAUGGAUCAUGGUGUUUUUGAAGGGGGCUUCCUAUUAUUUAUUACUGAAUGGAAGGUUAUAUGGGGGUUUCAGUGGUAUGAAAGCUGAAUUCGUCAACUUAUGCUUUGCGGAUGAUCUUAUCAUCUUUUUCAAGGGUUCCUUUAGGUCAGUUCAACUUCUUCAUGCUGGUUUUACCAAGUUUAGUCAGGAUUCCAGUCUUACUAUGAAUUUAUCUAAAUCCCACAUUUAUUUUGGUGGUGUUCAUUCGGAUGAAAAGAAGAGAAUCAUGGAGUGCUUGAACAUUGAGGAGGGAUAUUUCCUUUUAAAAUAUCUGGGUUUGUUUCUUAGACCUACUAAAUGGAAGGAGAUUGAUAGGUUAUGCAGGAACUUCUUAUGGGGAGCUAAGGGCAACCGGAGUAAGUUGCAUUUGUCUUCUUGGGAGCAGGUUUAUUUACCUAAGAGCAUGGGGGGUAUUGGUUUUAAAGAAGGGUCGAAAUGGAAUGCAACUUUGAUGGCCAAAUACAUUUGGGCAAUAUCGACUAAGCAGGACUCUUUAUGGGUCAAAUGGGUGGAAACUAUCUAUCUCAAAGGGAAAAAAUUCUUGUUGUAUAGCCUUCAAUCUAAUGUGAGUUGGUAUUGGAGGAAGCUCAUUAAGCUGAGAGAUGCUUUCUCUCAUGACACUUUGCUGGCUUCGGUUACCAAGGGCAAACUGAACACUUCUAUUUUGUACAAUCAGAUGAUUCAUAAGGAAAAGGCUAGUUUUGCUAAGGUGGUCUGGUGCAAAAUGUCGACUCCAAAGCACAGAUUUAUCAUUUGGCAGGCGGUUUUAGGUCAUCUUCUUACAAGGGAUAACUUGAUUAAAUGCCACGUUCAGGUGGAUUCUAGUAUUUGCCCUGUUUGUGAAAUGGGAAUUGCGUCUCAUGCCCAUCUAUUCUUUGAUUGUUCUUUCUCUCAGAAGGUGAUGCAGUAG